AUGAGUACUCCUGCCAUUACUAUCACCGACGCGACACCGCCCAAGUCGGCCUUCACCACCUACCAAAACCAUGCUACCCCAACAUCUAUCUCCUCCACAUACCGCCUUUUAUAUCGCGGCUCUAUCUCCCUCCCCGACUCCUACCUUCUCCUUGACGGUCUGACCUUCGCAGCAAGGCUGGGACAUGGAAAGCUCGGUGCACCUGGCUCUGGAAGCGGCGCCAUGGACCUCCUGGAGAACCCGCUAGCACUCGCUCUGGAGAGUAUGCGUGGCCGUCCGUCUCUUCGCUUCAAGGGUACAGUACGUCUGACUGACGUCUGGAUGGAUAACGUGGGGGAUGUCUGUAUGGACAUCCAUCACCUGGCCACCUUGAGCAAAGUCUACUUCGAGAACAUCCUGGGUCUAUCGCGCAUCACACCUCUAACGCAGCGAACAGAAGUAGGAGUCCGCGUUGCACUAGGCGACACAGACGGACUCGAAACCACCGAAAUCAUCAUCUACGGCGCAGUCGCAGACCACUUCUCCCCCCUCCUCCCACUCGCGUCCACAUCCCACUCCCCGCCCCUCGAAAUCCGCGUCGGCCGCGUCACCCACGUGCCCCCCACCCGAACCAACACCCUCCGCCCGCCCCGACCCGACGAUCCUACCCCGCGCAAGCCGCCCAUAGCGACGCGCCCCCGCAUCUCAGCCUCCCUCGGCGGUGGUGCCGGUAAACAUCUGACGUUCGACGCCCGGGGUGGCAAGGGCGCGAAGGCCGAAGAGGAGGAUAUCGUGCGGAGGGCGCGCGAGGUUAUGCUGCAUAUGCCCAAGUCGCUGCCGGCGAGGGGCAAGGCUGGCUCGUUCAAAGUUCCUGCGCUUCCUGUGAAGGUCAAGGGAAAGGGGAAGGAGCGGGCCGAUGAUUUCGAGGACGUGCAGAUGGAUGUGUUUGGGGCCGUGGAGACGUCGAACGUGACGAUGGAAUCCUCGUCACGGAAGGGGAAAGGGAAGGUUGGCGAGGGACCGCAUGUCGUUAACACGGAGAACGGAGAUGCGUCGUCGGCCAAGGUCGAGCAGCAGAAUAGAUCGAUAAUCAAGAAGAUCACGGUCAGGGCUCUCGCAGACAUCGGCAUCUCCACGAACGACGCCGAUUUCAAGGAGUUGUAUGGGUAUAUAUACCGGGGAACGGCGUUCGCAUUGCGCGACGACAUGGGCGCCUCGCUUCUAUCUCAGCGGGCUGUCGAGGCUUUGGUGGAGGCUCAUGCCAAACUGUACGUAGGGGACUACGAUACACGUCGAAACCAGAAGGGCAAGGGGAAGGCUUCAGCACCUGCGCGGUGAUGCCAAGACAUUAUAUCCGUUCGCCUCAUUAUUAUUUGCCAACGUUCAUUCCCAUCUAGCAAAUGAACAUUAUCAUGUAGCACUACUUACAUUGACUCGUAAU